UAUACGUAUUUGACUUUGUUGUAUUGUUUCAGAGUGUACAUUAUGGCUAAGAACACAUUAAGUAGUGAAUUUCGUAACAUUGAUGUGGACCAGUACAAUGAAGACAAUUACAAAGAUGAUGAUGGGGAGCCCCAAAGUCCACCCAUAGGAAUAGAUGAAGCUACUAUAGUAUCACACAUGAAUGCAGGGAAUCAUGCAGAUGCACUCAAGCUUCUCUUAACAAAUGCACCAGUGGCCUCCAAAGGAAAGAACGAACAGGUUAAGGACAUGGCUCUAAAUUUGGUUCUAAAGGUAUUGUUAUCAGUUAACAAGUCCCAGAUGGAUCAGAUCAUUGCUGCCCUUGACAAGACGCACCUUGAUGUCCUCAUGAAGUAUAUAUACCGGGGAUUCGAACGGCCAUCUGAGGGAUCGUCAGCAAUUCUUCUAGUCUGGCAUGAAAAAGUCUACAAUGUAGGAGGUGUUGGGUGCAUUGUGCGAGUUCUGACCGACAGAAAGAGGGUCUGAGAUAAGGUUUAAUUCUAUAAACCUUAAAGUUUUGACUUGACUGUAAUCGAAUCUUUUCUCUGCAUGGAAUGCAAUUCCUGUUGAGUGAUUCCUUGAUAAUUUUGAGGUCCAUAUUAUUAUUAUUAUUGAUUUUUUUUAUACAGUUGUUAGAUUUGUAGUUCUCAUGAGUUGAUUCUGCAUUUUUGGUUGCCCUGAAAAACAUGUUGAUGAAAAGUGGUUGCAUUUAAUACUUUGUUGUACACAAUUUUUUGUUCUCCUGAGUUAUUGAACUGUGCAUAUAUGUGACUACCAAAGAUAUCCGGUAAGUAAUAAUUUACAGACAUUAUUAUAUUUUAAAGUUGAUUAUGUAUUGGUAUUAUAAAGGGAUGUUUUUAUUU